AGCCUGAUGUCCCCAGUGAGGCUUCCGGACUGAAGAGCUUCUGCGCCGCUUCCGCCGCCAUUGCGGUUUUCGGAGUAAAGCUUGUGCCGCCGUAGCCGCUGCUCCUCUCCGAUGCGGUGGAUAUAACGCACGGACCGGGGGACAUAUUUGACAUUUCUGACAACGGAAUUUGUUUUUCAAACGUUCAAAAACACUCAGUUUUGCCGCCCUGAUCCGGCUUCGUUAUCUCCUCCCUGGCUCCGACCUACAGAGAUAAGGAGAGGUCGUAGCUAGCGCGGCUAAGCUACUCCCACUGUCAGCUAGCUGUAGAGCUACAACAUCAGCACCAUUGAGGGACCAAACUCAAGCAACAUGGCUCAAAUACUGCCUAUCCGCUUCCAGGAGCACCUGCAGCUGCAGAACCUUGGAAUCAACCCAGCCAACAUCGGGUUCAGCACUCUGACCAUGGAGUCUGAUAAAUUCAUUUGCAUCAGAGAGAAGGUGGGCGAACAGGCCCAAGUGGUUAUUAUUGACAUGGCCGACCCCAACACUCCCAUCCGCAGACCCAUCUCUGCAGACAGCGCGAUCAUGAAUCCAGCCAGUAAAGUGAUCGCCCUCAAAGCUGCAAAGACUCUACAGAUCUUUAACAUUGAGAUGAAGAGCAAGAUGAAGGCCCACACCAUGACGGACGACGUGACGUUCUGGAAGUGGAUCUCCCUCAACACGGUCGCCCUGGUCACCGACAAUGCCGUCUACCAUUGGAGCAUGGAAGGAGACUCCCAGCCAAUCAAAGUCUUUGACCGUCACUCCAGCCUGGCCGGAUGUCAGAUCAUUAACUACCGCACCGAUGCCAAACAGAAAUGGCUUCUGCUGAUUGGUAUUUCAGCACAGCAAAACCGUGUGGUGGGGGCCAUGCAGCUGUACUCGGUGGACAGGAAGGUGUCCCAGCCCAUCGAAGGCCAUGCCGCGGGCUUCGCCCAGUUCAAGAUGGAGAGCAACACAGAGGAGUCCACUCUGUUCUGCUUCGCCGUGCGGGGACAGGCCGGAGGAAAGCUGCACAUCAUCGAGGUGGGCACUCCACCGACGGGCAACCAGCCGUUCCCAAAGAAAGCCGUGGACGUGUUCUUCCCACCGGAGGCCCAGAACGACUUCCCCGUCGCCAUGCAGAUCAGCUCCAAGCAGGACGUGGUGUUCCUCAUCACCAAGUAUGGCUACAUCCACCUGUAUGACCUGGAGACCGGCACCUGCAUCUACAUGAACCGCAUUAGCGGGGAGACCAUCUUCGUGACCGCCCCCCACGAGCCAACCGCGGGCAUCAUCGGGGUCAACAGGAAAGGACAGGUGCUGUCGGUGUGCGUGGAGGAGGAGAACAUCAUCCCCUACAUCACCAACGUGCUGCAGAACCCUGACCUGGCACUGCGCAUGGCCGUGCGCAACAACCUGGCCGGCGCCGAGGAGCUGUUCGCCCGCAAGUUCAACACCCUGUUUGCAGCAGGGAACUACUCCGAGGCGGCCAAGGUGGCAGCCAACGCACCCAAGGGCAUCCUCCGUACCCCGGACACCAUCCGGCGCUUCCAGAGCGUGCCCGCCCAGCCGGGCCAGACGUCCCCCCUGCUGCAGUACUUUGGCAUCCUGCUGGACCAGGGCCAGCUCAACAAGUUUGAGUCCCUAGAGCUGUGCAGACCGGUGCUCCAGCAGGGACGCAAGCAGCUGCUGGAGAAGUGGCUCAAGGAGGACAAGCUGGAGUGCUCAGAGGAACUGGGGGACCUAGUGAAGUCUGUGGACCCCACGCUGGCCCUCAGCGUCUACCUGAGGGCCAACGUCCCAAACAAGGUCAUCCAGUGUUUUGCAGAGACGGGCCAGUUCCAGAAGAUUGUCCUCUACGCUAAGAAGGUGGGGUACACCCCGGACUGGAUCUUCCUGCUCAGGAACGUGAUGCGCAUCAGUCCGGAGCAGGGCCUGCAGUUCUCCCAGAUGCUGGUCCAGGACGAGGAGCCACUGGCUGACAUCACACAGAUCGUGGACGUGUUCAUGGAGUACAACCUGAUCCAGCAGUGCACCUCCUUCCUGCUGGACGCCCUGAAGAACAACCGGCCCACCGAGGGCCCGCUGCAGACGCGCCUGCUGGAGAUGAACCUGGUGCACGCCCCUCAGGUUGCCGAUGCCAUUCUAGGCAACCAGAUGUUCACCCACUACGACCGCGCCCACGUGGCCCAGCUGUGCGAGAAGGCGGGCCUCCUGCAAAGGGCGCUGGAGCACUACACCGACCUGUACGACAUCAAGCGGGCCGUGGUGCACACGCACCUGCUCAACCCUGAGUGGCUGGUGAACUUCUUCGGCUCCCUGUCAGUGGAGGACUCCCUGGAGUGCCUGCGGGCCAUGCUGUCGGCCAACAUCCGGCAGAACCUGCAGAUCUGCGUCCAGGUGGCCUCCAAGUACCACGAACAGCUCUCCACGCAGUCCCUCACCGAGCUCUUUGAGUCCUUCAAGAGCUUCGAGGGCCUCUUCUAUUUCCUGGGCUCCAUCGUGAACUUCAGCCAGGACCCCGAGGUCCACUUCAAGUACAUCCAGGCGGCCUGCAAGACAGGACAGAUCAAGGAAGUGGAGCGCAUCUGCCGCGAGAGCAACUGCUACGACCCCGAGCGCGUCAAGAACUUCCUCAAGGAGGCCAAGCUGACGGACCAGCUGCCUCUGAUCAUCGUGUGCGACCGCUUCGACUUCGUCCACGACCUGGUGCUGUACCUCUACCGCAACAGCCUGCAGAAGUACAUCGAAAUCUAUGUGCAGAAGGUGAACCCUAGCCGCUUGCCCGUGGUCAUUGGGGGGCUGCUGGACGUGGACUGUGCCGAGGACGUCAUCAAGAACCUGAUCAUUGUGGUGCGGGGGCAGUUCUCCACCGACGAGCUGGUGGCCGAGGUGGAGAAGAGGAACAGACUGAAGCUGCUGCUGCCCUGGCUGGAGGCCCGCAUCCACGAGGGCUGCGAGGAGCCGGCGACCCACAACGCCCUGGCCAAGAUCUACAUCGACAGCAACAACAACCCGGAGCGCUUCCUGCGGGAAAACCCCUUCUACGACAGCCGCGUGGUGGGCAAGUACUGCGAGAAGAGGGACCCCCACCUGGCCUGCGUGGCCUACGAGAGGGGCCAGUGCGACCAGGAGCUCAUCCACGUCUGCAACGAGAACUCUCUGUUCAAGAGUCUGUCUCGCUACCUAGUGCGUCGCAAAGACCCCGAGCUGUGGGCCAGCGUGCUGCUGGAGACCAACCCUUACAGGAGACCCCUGAUCGACCAGGUGGUGCAGACCGCCCUCUCGGAGACCCAGGACCCGGAGGAGGUGUCGGUCACGGUCAAGGCCUUCAUGACGGCUGACCUACCCAACGAGCUCAUCGAGCUGCUGGAGAAGAUCGUCCUGGACAACUCUGUGUUCAGCGAGCACCGGAACCUGCAGAACCUGCUGAUCCUGACGGCCAUCAAGGCGGACCGCACACGCGUCAUGGAGUACAUCAACCGCCUGGACAACUACGACGCCCCCGACAUCGCCAACAUCGCCAUCAGCAACGAGCUAUUCGAGGAGGCCUUCGCCAUCUUCAGGAAGUUUGACGUCAACACCUCGGCUGUGCAGGUUUUGAUCGAGCACAUCGGGAACCUGGACCGGGCCUACGAGUUUGCCGAGCGCUGCAACGAGCCGCCGGUGUGGAGCCAGCUGGCCAAGGCGCAGCUGCAGAAGGGGCUGGUGAAGGAGGCCAUUGACUCUUACAUCAAGGCGGACGACCCCUCCGCCUACAUGGAGGUCGGCCAGGCGGCCGCACAGAGCGGUAACUGGGAGGACCUGGUGAAGUUCCUCCAGAUGGCUCGUAAGAAGGCCCGGGAGUCCUACGUGGAGACGGAGCUGAUCUUCGCCCUGGCCAAGACCAACCGCCUGGCUGAGCUGGAGGAGUUCAUCAACGGCCCAAACAACGCCCACAUCCAGCAGGUGGGCGACCGUUGCUACGACGACAAGAUGUACGACGCGGCCAAGCUGCUGUACAACAACGUGUCCAACUUCGGCCGGCUGGCCUCCACGCUGGUGCACCUCGGGGAGUUCCAGGCGGCCGUUGACGGGGCGCGCAAGGCCAACAGCACCCGCACCUGGAAGGAGGUGUGCUUCGCCUGUGUGGAUGGGAAGGAGUUCCGGCUGGCCCAGAUGUGCGGUCUCCACAUCGUGGUGCACGCUGACGAGCUAGAGGAGCUCAUCAACUACUACCAGGACCGUGGCUACUUCGAGGAGCUGAUCACCAUGCUGGAGGCGGCGCUGGGCCUGGAGCGAGCCCACAUGGGCAUGUUCACCGAGCUGGCCAUCCUCUACUCUAAGUUCAAACCCCAGAAGAUGAGGGAGCACCUGGAGCUCUUCUGGUCCCGGGUCAACAUCCCAAAGGUGCUGCGGGCGGCGGAGCAGGCCCACCUGUGGGCGGAGCUGGUGUUCCUGUACGACAAGUACGAGGAGUACGACAACGCCAUCAUCACCAUGAUGAGCCACCCCUCCGAUGCCUGGAAGGAGGGCCAGUUCAAAGACAUCGUCACCAAGGUGGCCAACGUUGAGCUGUACUACAAAGCCACUCAGUUCUACCUGGAGUUCAAGCCCCUGUGCCUCAACGACCUGCUCAUUGUGCUGUCUCCCAGGCUGGACCACACGCGCGCCGUCAACUACUUCAGCAAGGUCAAGCAGCUGCCCUUGGUGAAACCGUACCUGCGGUCGGUCCAGAACCACAACAACAAAUCUGUGAACGAGGCGCUGAACAACCUCUUCAUCACAGAGGAAGACUAUGCAGCCCUGCGCGCAUCCAUCGAUGCCUACGACAACUUUGACAACAUCUCGCUGGCCCAGGGGCUGGAGAAGCACGAGCUGAUUGAGUUCAGGAGGAUCGCGGCGUAUCUCUUCAAGGGCAACAACCGCUGGAAGCAGAGCGUGGAGCUGUGCAAGAAGGAUAAGCUUUACAAGGAUGCCAUGCAGUACGCGUCCGAGUCAAAGGACACGGAGCUGGCGGAGGAGCUGCUGGCCUGGUUCCUGGAGGAGGACAAGAAGGAGUGCUUCGCCGCCUGCCUCUUCACCUGCUACGACCUGUUACGGCCCGACGUGGUGCUGGAGACCGCCUGGCGCCACAACCUCAUGGACUUCUCCAUGCCCUACUUCAUCCAGGUCAUGAGGGAGUACCUCAGCAAGGUUGAUGCAAUAAAGGAAAAGGUGAAAGUCUAAUCCAUUUCCAGCCAUUCUUUUUUGACCCCUCCUGCUCCCGGUAGCCUGUAGUUCUGGAGGAGUGAUGAUUAGCAUUAAACUGCAUGUGACUGUGUCCUCCUUCUCCCUGCCCCCCCCUUCCCCCUGAUAUCACUCUUGCUGCUUCUUGGUCUAUUCUCACCACUAGCUUCACUAGCACUGUAGCUAGGACUGUAGCUAGUACUUUAGACUGAACUGUAGCUAGCCACACCUCAGUGGUCCACUCUCCUCUCCCCUCCCCAACCCCAGGGAAUGCAAAGGGUCUGCUGGUGUCAGUGAUGGUCUGAUGUUAUCAUGGGGAAUAGGGGUGAGACUCUGAACCGUUACCCCGACUAAAGAGCCAAAUGUGUGUAAAUGCAGAGUAAAGAGGAAGCACUCGCCUUACCAUAAUAUAGUGCUAUUGCGUUUUGGUAUAGGACCUGGGCAACCAGGUCCUGGCCAUGCCUGUGCCCCUGCCAUUCUAGGGUUUUGGUAGAGAGGUGAUCACAAAUGUCCAAUCUCAAUUCUAGGGUUUCGUGUGUACUUAUAAUAAACUGCGUACUUGGAGAAAGUGGUAUGCUCUCAGCCAGACGUCGUAUGAAUGAUCAUGAGGCAUCCGUCAACACCAGCCGGCCCAGUGUCUCUCCAGGGUGCGGUCCGCAGAGAGCCCUACUCGAAUCUAAAGGCCUGUUUGGCCCCUGGACCCUAUCGAUAGACGUCUUGUAAUCACGUCAAAGUCUGAACAGCACCGCUAGCGCCAGGCCGCGGCAGACCCAAACUCGCUCUGGGAGUGACCGUGCCUCCCUGAGCUAUAAAGGCUCAAUAAAAUGGCCCAGAGUUCUGUCUUUAAUCAUUGCUAUCAAGUACCAUGAUAGCAUGUGCAUGAUGGGGUGGCAAGAUGCGCUAACUAGGGCAAAACUAGGGCCUAAUCUGAAUGAAUGGUCACCAUUUUUUCAGAUUAUCUUUCCAUUAUGCCCCCAUGAUGUGAAAUCUGACUUGAAUUGAUCAACGGACAUUGUGCAAUGUCCGUUCUGACCCGAUUUUGUUUUUGAUUGACUUAACUCUCACAGUGACCCUCUUCAUCAACUAGAGCACGCACAAAAAAGCUAAACUAAUCAUCAAACGCCACCGGUGUCGAUAACCAGCCUAGCUCCCCCCCCCCACACACACACACACACACACGUACACACACACACCACCACCACCUGUUUCCGUGUAGCGUUAGCAGGUCUCCGGCCAGGCUAGAAGACGCUGUUGUUGUUGGCUGCUGCCUGCUUCUGAACGCCUUGAAACAGCUGGAACGAACCCCACCCCGCCCUCCCUCUCACCACAGCGGGCUUCUGGCUUCUCUUCUUUCCUUCUCUUCCCCUCUCUCCGUUUCCUCCUCACUCGCGCACUCUUUUAACCGAGGGGAAUGACUUGGCUGCCUCUUCAGCAUGUCACUCUUCCCUCUCUCUCUUCUCUUCAAAUCCAAACCUGCAGCCUAUCUUAACUUUUUUUGUUGACCAAAAGAAACCAAGCCUGCAUAACCAGAUGGACUAGCUGAGUCGAUGUAGUGGCGACCAAGUAUGUGGAGAACUCGAGCCAGAGCAUCAGCCAGGGCCCCCUUUAAGUCAUACAUAUUGAUUAUUACAACCAUGAAUUAAGGCACUAUCAAAUUUUCCACUGCUCGAUUCAGAGAUGGUUUCCUUUUGUCCAGUGCUGGCCAUGCGCUUCAUACGAGUUAAACGGUUGAGUUACAGCUGCUUCCCUUUCCCUUUUUGGUUUUAUAACUUUUUUGUACUGAUUGAGGAAAAAAAGUUGGAUGUUUGUCUGACUGCAUUGCUGCACGCUAUUCCACUACUAAAUUUUCUUGUGCUGGAUUUUUAAAUGGAGAUCGGUAAAUCCCCCCCCCCCCCCACACACACACACACAGACACACACUGCUUGUUGUCAACAUACUGAGGGCGUCCAUAGUGUGAGAAAAAGACGGAUGGAUUUGUUGGCUGGAUGGUGGGACCAUUAGAUUUCCUUUAGCUGUUUGUGUGUUUUGACUCUUCAUCAAAGAGAUCCCCCCCCCUCCACUACCAUUGGGUCAUGUGACCUAGCCCAGCUCCGUAGAGCCAGCCUGUAGUUGUAGUGUCAGCUGCUGGCCA